AUGAAAGAAGCCAUUGUCGACAAGAUAGUUUCAGUCAUCAUCCGUGACGUUGACAUCCCCACCCCCGAACCCGGCCAGGUCCUCAUCCGGGUAGUGGUGUCGGGUACCAACCCGAAGGAAGGACUGGAAAUGCCCCAAAAUGGCGACCGGACAUUGUCAUUAACCAAGGAGAUGAUAUCGCAGGUGGCUGCGUUCCACGAGAUGGGCAGCCCUCAUGGGAGUUGUGGCGAAUACGCCAUUGCAUGGGAAUACACGAUAUUUCAUCUAACUGAGAAGACCAGCUUUGAAGAGGCUGCUACAAUUCCCCUCGCUGCGAUGACUGCUGCAUUGGGUCUAUGUCAAGCGCUGAGAUUGCCACUGCCUUGGUCUCCGGGCGAUAAACCCACUCCGUUGGUUGUAUACGGCGGUGCUUCGGCGGUUGGCGCAUUCGCGAUCAAGUUCGCUCAGCUGUCGAAUAUCCACCCUAUCAUCGCUGUCGCAGGAAACGGCGCACCUUUUGUUGAGACGUUGAUCAAUAGAGAAAAGGGAGACACGAUCAUUGAUUAUCGUGAAGGCGAUGACGCUGUCUACUCAGGGAUCAAGGCUGCCAGCAAAGAGACACCCAUUCACCAUGCCUACGAUGCCGUGUCCGAGAAGGGAAGCUAUGUGACUCUCGGAGCGGCUCUCGAUGCACCCGGGAAGAUCACCGUCGUUCUACCUGUGGAAACUGGCAAGGUGAAGGAGCACAUUAGCAUUCAUUGGACUAUGGUUGGAUCGGUUCAUAUGCCCCCUGCUGAGGGCCAGACUCUUGGUGAUAAAAGAGUUUGCGGCUGCUUUCUACCAAUUCAUUGGUCGAGGUCUCGCACAGAAAUGGUUCUCGGGCCACCCAUGUGA